GGUAGGAGGGAGGAGCGGAGUUCAGUCUGUCAGUCUGUGGAGAACACUGCUCUACCCGAGUAGCUCCACCAGCUUCUACAGCUUCUCUACUCCAGCAGAGGCGAUUUAUUAUCGAUUAAUUGAUUGCCUUGUAUCGGCGGCACGCGCACGCACGUGCUGCAUUGAUUGAUAACAAUAAUAACAAUAAUGAAUUCCUUGUUUGAUCUGUUUUCUGCACAGAAGAGGCCUGUGACAGUUCUGGGUGUGUCUGGGUGUGUGUGAGGCGGCAGCAUGGCCGCGAUGAUCCCGCCGGUCAAGCUGAAAUGGCUGGAGCACCUGAACAGCUCGUGGAUCUCCGAGGACAGCGAGUCCAUCUCCACCCGCGAGGGCGUGGCCCUGCUCUACGCCAAGCUCCUGGCCAAUAAGGAGGUGGUGCUGCUGCCCCAGCAGGUGCUGUGCCUGAAGGGCCCUCAGCUGCCGGACUUCGAGCGAGAAUGUCUGUCCAGCGACGAGCAGGAGCACUACCUGGACGCCCUGCUGGCCAGUCAGCUGGCGCUCGCCAAGACCGUGUGCUCGGACUCGCCGUUCGCCGCCGCCCUGCGUAAGCGUCUCCUGGUCCUGCAGCGCGUCUUCUACGCCCUGUCCAACAAGUACCACGACAAGGGCAAGGUGAAGCAGCAGCAGCACUCGCCUGAGAGCACGCUGGGCUCGGCGGAGCUGCAGGCGGUCAGCGAGCGGCCGCGCUCCAGCACCGACGCCCUGAUCGAGAUGGGCGUGAGGACGGGCCUCAGCCUGCUGUUCGCCCUGCUGCGCCAGAGCUGGACGCUGCCGCCCGCCGGACCCGGCAUGAACCUCUGCAACGACGUCAUCACCACCGCCAUCGAGGUGGUGGGCUCCCUGCCGCCGCUGUCGCUCGCCAACGAAAGCAAGAUCCCUCCCAUGGGCCUGGACUGCCUGGCGCAGGUCACCACCUUCCUGAAGGGCGUGACCAUGCGGCACUCGGGGGCGGACGUGGUGGGCCGACGGCUGGCGUGCGAGCUGCUCUUGGGGCUGGCGGCUCAGCGGGGGUCGCUGCGGUACCUGCUGGAGUGGGUGGAGAUGGCGCUGGCCGCCUCGGCGGGGGUCAGCAGCCUGGAGCCCAGCCAGACCGUACAGAACCAGGAGGGCCUGAUGGGAUACGACUGCUUUAUGAACAUCCUGAUGCAGAUGAGACGCUCAUUGGGUUCCUCUGCAGACCGGAGUCAGUGGCGGGAGCCGAGCCGGACGCCGGAUGGACUGUGCUCGCUGUAUGAAGCUGCGCUCUGUCUGUUCGAGGAGGUGUGCCGCAUGGCGUCGGAUUACUCGAGGACGUGUGCGAGUCCGGACAGUAUUCAGACGGGCGAGGCAGCGAUGGUGUCGGAGACGUGUGAGGUGUACGUGUGGGGCAGUAACAGCAGUCACCAGCUGGUGGAGGGAACGCAGGAGAAGAUCCUCCAGCCCAAACUGGCUCCCAGCUUCAGCGACGCCCAGACGAUCGAGGCGGGUCAGUACUGCACGUUUGUGAUCUCGUCGGACGGCUCGGUGAGGGCGUGUGGGAAGGGCAGUUAUGGCCGGCUGGGUCUGGGUGAUUCUAAUAAUCAGUCCACUCUGAAGAAGCUGACGUUCGAGCCGCACCGCGCCAUAAAGAAGGUGUCGUCCUCUAAGGGCUCGGACGGGCACACGCUGGCCUUCACCAGCGAGGGGGAGGUGUUCAGCUGGGGGGACGGAGACUACGGUAAACUGGGACACGGGAACAGCUCCACCCAGAAAUACCCCAAACUCAUCCAGGGACCCCUUCAGGGGAAGGUGGUGGUGUGUGUGUCGGCAGGUUACAGGCACAGUGCGGCUGUGAGUGAGGACGGGGAGCUGUACACUUGGGGGGAAGGAGAUUUUGGAAGACUUGGGCACGGGGACAGUAACAGCAGGAACAUUCCCACGCUGGUGAAGGACAUCAGUAACGUGGGGGAAGUGUCCUGCGGGAGUUCCCACACCAUCGCCCUGUCCAAAGACGGCAGGACCGUGUGGUCCUUCGGGGGCGGAGACAACGGUAAGCUCGGGCAUGGAGACACUAACCGUGUUUAUAAGCCUAAAGUGGUGGAGGCUCUGCAGGGCAUGUUUAUAAGGAAAGUGUCCGCCGGCAGCCAGUCCUCACUGGCCCUGACCUCCACCGGACAGGUGUAUGCGUGGGGGUGUGGUGCCUGUUUAGGUUGUGGGUCGUCUGAAGCCACCGCUCUGAGACCAAAGCUGAUUGAGGAACUGGCCACCACCAGAGUCGUGGACAUUUCUAUAGGGGACAGUCACUGCCUGGCACUGUCACAUGAUAAUGAAGUCUACGCGUGGGGUAACAACUCCAUGGGGCAGUGUGGUCAAGGCAACUCUACUGGUCCCAUCACCAAACCCAAGAAGGUGAUUGGUUUAGAUGGAGUGGCCAUUCAGCAGAUUUCCGCCGGCACCUCCCACAGCCUGGCCUGGACCGCCCUGCCCAGAGACAGGCAGGUGGUGGCGUGGCACAGGCCGUACUGUGUGGAUCUGGAGGAGAGCACCUUCUCCCACCUGCGCUCGUUUCUGGAGCGUUACUGCGACGGCAUCAAUAACGAAGUUCCACCACUGCCUUUCCCCUCCUCCAAAGAGCAUCAUAACUUCCUGAAGCUGUGCCUGAGGCUGCUGUCCAAUCACCUAGCUCUGGCUCUGGCAGGGGGCGUGGCCACUAGUAUCCUGGGGCGGCAGGCGCGGCCGCUGCGUAACUUGCUGUUUAGGUUGAUGGACGCGUCGGUGCCGGACGAGAUUCAGGAGGCGGUGAUUGAGACUCUGUCGGUCGGAGCGACGAUGCUGCUUCCUCCUCUGAGGGAGAGGAUGGAGCUUCUUCACGCUCUCCUCCCUCAGGGACCCGACCGCUGGGAGAGCCUCUCUAAAGGACAGAGGAUGCAGCUGGAUAUAAUUCUCACCAGUCUUCAGGAUCACACUCACGUAGCGUCACUACUGGGCUACAGCUCGCCCCCCGACGCCUCAGAGCCCCUCCCCCUGCCCUCAGACUCCGCCCACACCGCCGCAUCACACCCAGACACUCACCCUGAUACUCACCUGGCUGAGAUCCUAAUGAAGACCCUGCUGAGGAACCUGGGCUUUUACACGGACCAGGCGUUUGGGGAGCUGGAGAAGAACAGUGAUAAGCAGCUGCAGGGAACGUCUUCCUCAGACAGCAGUCAGCCGGCUCAUCUUCACGAGCUGCUCUGCUCCUUACAGAAACAGCUGCUGGCGUACUGCCACAUCAACUCCGUCACAGAGGGCUCCAGCAGUGUGGCUCUCCUUCAUAAACACCUGCAGUUGUUGUUGCCUCACGCUACAGAUAUCUUCACCCGCUCAGCCAUGCUGCUGAGAGAAAGCUCCGGAAACGGCAGCGUCCGCGAGAAACUACGAGAUGUGAUCUACGUGUCGGCGGCCGGCAGCAUGCUGUGUCAGAUUGUGACUUCUCUGCUGCUACUUCCUGUCUGGGUGGCUCGGCCGCUACUGAGCUUCCUGUUGGAUCUCCUGCCUCCUCUGGACCGUCUGAACCGCCUGCUGCCCGCCGCCGUACCGCUGGAGGACCAGGAGCUGCAGUGGCCUCUACACGGAACCCCGGAGCUGGUGGAGCCGGUGUGUGUGCCGGGUACGGCGCAGUGCUGGGUGUGGUUGGUGGAUCUGGAGCGUACGGUGGCGCUGCUGGUGGGGAGGUGUUUGGGUGGCAUGCUGCAGGGCACGGCGCCGUCGCCGGAGGAGCAGCACACGGCGUACUGGCUCAAAACCCCGCUGUUCAGCAACGGCCUGGAGGCAGACAUCCCCCAGCUCGACGCGUGUAUCAGCUCUCUCCUGGAGGUGGCGCUGUGUGGGAAUGAGGAGCAGAAGCCUUUUGAUUGCCCCCUGAGAGCUGAUCUCAGUGUGUUGGUGGAUCUUUCACUGGGAUCCACCAAGGAACCAACUAACAGCCUGUGGACCAACAUGCAGGACUACGCCAUCAGCAAAGACUGGGACAGUGCUACUCUAGUGAACGAGGCUCUGUUGGACACGGUUUCACGCUUCGUUCUGGCGGCGCUGCUGAAACACACUGGCCUGGUGGGCCAAGCCUGUGGGGAGGGCAGGUAUCAGCCGUGUAAGCUGUUGGCGGAGGUUUAUCGCAGUGUGUAUAAAGUACGGAAUCGUCUGCUGGCCUGUAAAAACAUGGAGCUCACCCAGACCCGCUCUUCAUCCCGAGAACGCAGGAUCUCUGAUAAUAUAGAAUCGGUGGAGCUGGACCCUCAGGAACACUCGUUUACCCGCACCAUCGACGAGGAGGCGGAGCUAGAGGAACGAGCCGACCGGGAGCGGGACCGGGAGGAGGGUCACCAGGAGCAGGAAGAGGAGGAGGAGGAGCGGGAGCACGAGGUCAUGACUGCAGGAAAAAUCUUUCAAUGUUUCCUCUCAGCACGAGAGGUGGCGCGAGGGCGCGAGAGGGAGCGGGCGGGCAGCGCCAGCGUGCAGGAGGAGCUCGGCCAGCCCGGCCAGGAGCGCAGGAACAGCGCCGCCCUGCAGGAGGGCCAGGACCUCUUCACCACCGCCUGCAACAGCAUCAUACACCGCUGCGCCAUGCUCCUAUUGGCAGUCAGCCCACCGCUCCUCCAGCAGACCAAUCAACAGCUUCCCUCGGGCAGCGUCACCCAGGAGGGAGGGGGAUUCAUGACCAGGAGUGAGAGUCUGUCGACUGAGAGUCGCUCCAUCCAGGGCAGCCCGAGUUACAGACUCACUAAAUCCCGCAGUGAAUCAGACCUCUCCCAACCAGAGUCUGACGAAGAGGGAUACUCACUGAGCGGCAGGAGGAAUGUUGAUCUGGAUUUGGCGUUCACACACAAAAAGAGAAGUCUCCUCCACAGCACCCCCGACUCUGCUGAUUGGUUCGGUGGGCGUUCGGGGCGGGACCGGCUCUACAGCUCUCCUCAGUUCUACGAGGAGUCGGAUCUGGACCUGAGCCGGACGCUGGGAGUCCACGCCCUCAUCGAUAACAUGGUGAGCUUCGUCAGCGGAGACGUGGGAAACGUGCCGACGUUCAAGGACCCGGAGGAGAGCAUGUCCACCAGCCCACAGGCCACCAUCACUGCCAUGGAGCAGCAGCAGAGCCGGGCGGAGCUGCGUCUGGAGGCUCUUCAUCAGAUGGUGGUGUUGAUCUCUGGGAUGGAGGAGAAGAGGAGUCAGGCGGGUACGGUUGGCGCCGGUGGGCACGGCGGUGGCGCGGCGGCGGCGGUGUUUCACUCUGCCGCUCUGCUGACGUCGGUUCGGCUGCAGUUCCUGGCCGGAUGCUUCGGGCUGGGGGCCGUCAGUAACGGGGGGCUGAAGGGGGAGAGCGUCCAGCUCCACCACUACCAGGACGGGGUUCGAGCAGCUAAAAGGAGUUUACAGAUGGAUAUUCAGACUGCAGUGCACAAGAUCUACCAGCAGCUCUCUGUUACUCUGGAGCGAGCCCUGCAGGCCAACAAGCACCACAUCGAGGCUCAGCAGCGGCUGCUGUUGGUGACGGUGUUUGCUCUGAGUGUGAGGUAUCAGCCGGUGGACGUGUCGUUGGCGAUCUCCAGCGGGCUGCUGGACGUUCUCUCUCAGCUGUGUGGUAAAGAGACGCUACUGGGUCAGACCCUGCAGCUCCUCCACAAACCCAGCGGCUCUCAGCUCAGCACCGCCCUGAAAGUAGCCAGCACCCGCCUGCUGCAGAUCCUCGCCAUCAGCACCGGGACGUAUGCGGAUAAGCUGAGUCCGAAGGUGGUGCAGGCGCUGCUGGAUCUGCUGUGCAGUCAGCUGAAGACACUGCUGUCUCAGGCAGCAGGGGGCGCCGCGGCGUCCAGCCCGGAGCAUCAGGAGAAGACUGACGACUGCGCCGACGACCAGAAAAAAGACUUUAAAGCGUUGCUCCGGAAACAGCACACGGCCGAGCUGCACCUCGGAGACUUCCUGGUGUUCCUGCGGCGCGUCGUCUCUUCCAAAGCCAUCCAGUCCAAGAUGGCCUCGCCUAAAUGGACUGAGGUUCUGCUGAACAUCGCAGCUCAGAAAUGCUGCUCAGGAGUGCCGCUGGUGGGGAAUUUGAGGACGAGGCUGUUGGCGCUGCACGUUUUGGAGGCGGUACUUCCUGCCUGUGAGAGCAGCGUCGAGGAUCAUCAGAUGACCCAGGUGGUGGACAGGCUGUUUGCUCUGUUGUCUGACUGCAUGUGGGAAGCUCCGGUCGCUCAGGCUAAACACACCAUCCAGCUGAAGGAGAGAGAACAGGAGCUCAAACUGCAGGGUGAUGCAGAAGAAGAAGAGGAAAACUUACCCAUCCAGGAAGUGACCUUUGACCCUGAGAAGGCCCAGUGCUGUGUGGUGGAGAGUGGGCAGGGUCUGACGCAUGGCAGCGGGGGCAAAGGUUACGGGCUGGCGGCCACGGGCAUCUCCUCAGGCUGCUACCAGUGGAAGUUCUACAUAGUGAAGGAGAAUCGUGGGAAUGAAGGGACCUGUGUGGGCGUGUCCCGCUGGCCCGUGCACGACUUUAACCAUCGCACCACCGCUGACAUGUGGCUGUACCGGGCCUACAGCGGCAACCUGUACCACAACGGAGAGCAGACGCUAACGCUGUCCAGCUACACACAGGGAGACUACAUCACCUGCGUCCUUGAUAUGGAGGCUCGAACCGUGUCCUUCGGUAAAAACGGAGAGGAGCCGAAGCUGGCGUUUGAGGACGUGGACGCUGCAGAGCUGUACCCCUGCGUGAUGUUCUACAGCAGUAAUCCUGGAGAAAAGGUGAAAAUCUGUGAUAUGCAAAUGAGAGGAACCCCUCGUGACCUCCUGCCGGGAGACCCGAUCUGCAGCCCGGUGGCCACGGUUCUGGCCGAAGCCACGUCUCAGCUGAUCCGGAUCCUGCACCGCUCCGACCGCUGGACCCAAACCAUUAACCGCAGCAUCCUGCAGCGCCUGCAGCACAUCCGCAGCUGCCUGCGCGACGGUGGCCUGCCACCGGGGGGCGCCAGGCUGCGCAAGAGCCGCUCGGCGCAGAGCCGCGAGGAGCAGGACGAGCGGGACGAGGAGCGGGACGAGGAGAGGGGGCGGAGCCGGCACUGCUCGGUGGAGCUGUCGGAGGGUCACCUGCGCACCCUGUGUGGACAGGUGUGGCCCGUGCUGGCCGUGAUCGGGGGGACGGACGGCGGGCUCCGGGUCGGGGGGCGCUGCGUUCACAAGCAGACCGGGAGACACGCCACCCUGCUGGGGGUGGUGAAGGAGGGAAGCACCUCGGCUAAAGUGCAGUGGGACGAGGCGGAAAUCACCAUCAGCUUCCCCGCUUUCUGGUCGCCUAGUGACACGCCGCUGUAUAACCUGGAGCCGUGUGAGCCGCUGGGGUUUGACGUGUCUCGUUUCCGGGGCCUGAGCGCCGCCCUGUUGCUGGACCUGACGGCUCUGGCCUCGCUGCAGGACGACGGCGCCAAACCCUCGUCUUCGUCUCGCCGGCACGAGCGCCGGCACCGGCACGAGUCCCACGAGCCGGAGCGGGACGGGGAGGGGCGUCCCGAGAGCCGGGAAGGGACGGGCGACCUGCGGGUGUCUCACAGUCUGGACGAGGUGCGCGCCCACGCCUCGCCCUGCGCCCGGAUCGAGCCGCAGGAGCCGGCGGCGGCGGCGGUGCCGCUGAGGGGCAGUGCUCAGGAGGCGGCGGCGCUGGCGGAGGUUCACGCGGUGCAGCUGUCCUACCUGUACCUCGGCGCCAUGAAGACCCUCAGCGUUCUCCUGAGCUGCAGCAAAUACGCCGAGCUCCUGCUCAUCCCCAAAAUCAUGCCCGACAACGGGCACAACGCCGACUGCGGCAGCCCCGGCAUCAGUGUCUCGCAGGAGGAGGCGGAGAUGCGCUCGGCGCUGCAGUUCCUCAUGCGGCACAUGGUGAAGCGGGCGGUGAUGAGGUCGCCCAUCAAGCGGGCGCUCGGCCUGGCGGAUCUGGAGCGGGCACAGGCCAUGAUCUACAAACUGGUGGUGAACAGUCUGCUGGAGGAGCAGGAGGGAGGCAGAGCCAAGCCACUAGAUACAGAGUGUGAGGAGCUGGAGGGGGAGCAGCAGUUCCAGACUCCGGUCACCACCUCUCCAUCAGCCUCCAGCAGCACCUCCUUCAUGAGCUCCUCCCUGGAGGACACCACCACGGCAACCACCCCCGUCACCACGGCGACCACCCCGGUUACAGACGCAGAGACGGCACCAGCCUCCGAAUCACCGGGGGUCAUGCCCCUCAGCCUGCUUAGGCAGAUGUUCAGCAGUUACCCCACCACCACGCUGCUGCCCGCUCGCCGUGCCCAGACCCCCCCGGUGGCGUCUCUGCCCACCUCACCAUCAGACGAACACGGGCGCAGACAGAGCCUCACCUCCCCCGAGUCUCAGCCCAACAGAACCAACAACAGAACCGCUCUUUCAGACCCGACCAGCCGCCUCUCCACGUCUCCUCCUCCCCCCGCCAUCGCCGUGCCCCUGCUGGAGAUGGGCUUCUCCCUCAGACAGAUCAUGAAAGCUCUAGAAGCUACAGGUGCUCGUGGCGAGGCUGAUGCUCAGAACAUCACAGUUCUGGCGAUGUGGAUGAUUGAACAUCCUGGUACUGAAGAUUCGGAGGAGCCGCACUCCGGAGGUCCUGACUCCUGCUCCGGAGCUUCUGGAGGAAAGAGCGGUUACCUGCGCUCACCUGGAGACAUCCCCAACGCCGACGCCCCCGAGAUGGAGGAGGGGUUUAGCGAGAGCCCUGAAGCACUAGAUCAAGACUCCGCCUCCGCUUCCACUGGCCACGCCCCCAGAGGGCGCUCUGCAGCCAAUAGAAAGCAUCGGUUUGACCUUGCAGCGCGUACUUUACUGGCUCGUGCAGCUGGUCUGUACCGCUCGGUGCAGGCUCACCGCUCUCAGGUGAGGAGGGAGGGUCCGGGGCUGGGGCAGCAGGACCCCGGCUCGCUGGGCGGUCUGUACGACUUUAACCUGGACGAGGAGCUGGAGCUGGAGCUGGACCAGGAGGCCAUGGAGGCCAUGUUCACCCAGGAGCUCGCCUCCGACUCAGACAUCCUCGGGAUGUGGAUCCCGGAGGUACUGGACUGGCCAACAUGGCACGUGUGUGAGUCUGAGGAUCGUGAGGAGGUGGUGGUGUGUGAGCUGUGUGAGGCGAACGUGUCCAGCUUUAAUCAGCACAUGAAGAAGAGUCAUCCCGGCUGCGGCCGCAGUGCUAACCGGCAGGGUUACCGUAGCAACGGCUCGUACGUGGACGGCUGGUUCGGCGGCGAGUGCGGCAGCGGGAACCCGUAUUACCUGCUGUGCGGAAGCUGCAGAGAGAAAUACCUCAACCUGAAGACCAAAACCAAAGCAGCUCUUCCAGAGAGGUAUAAAGGUCAGGCUCCAGAUCUGCUGGGUAAACAGGACAGUGUGUAUGAAGAGGACUGGGACAUGCUGGAUGUGGACGAAUCAGAGCGUCUGACGGGGGAGGAGGAGUUUGAGCUGCUGUCUGCGCCGCUGGGUCUUAGUGAGCGUCGGCUGGUUCCGGAGGCGGUUCAUUUCCCCGACACCGACCCGCUCGGUGCUUCCGUCGCCAUGGUUACCGCCACCAACAGCAUGGAGGAGACUCUGCUGCAGAUCGGCUGUCAGAGCUCGGUGGAUAAGGGCUCGUCUGGUCGGGUGUCUCUGGGGGAACAGGCUGCAGGGCUGCAGAGCUCGGCUGAUCGGCUGGUGGCUCUCAGGAGAGUCACAGCGGCUGCUCAGGUCUUACUGGCCAGAACCAUGGUCAUGAGAGCGCUGUCCCUGCUCUCAGUCAGUGGUUCGAGCUGCAGUCUGGCGGCUGGUCUGGAGUCUCUGGGUCUGACGGAUAUCCGGACUCUGGUACGGUUGAUGUGUUUGGCCGCGGCGGGUCGAGCCGGGCUCUCCACCGGUCUGUCCUCGGGCCCCGGACCCUCAGAGCGGCCCCGGGGGGCCAACAAGCCCACCAAGCCCAUCUCCUGCCUGGCCUACCUCAGCACCGCCGUGGGCUGCCUGGCCUCAAACAGCCCCAGCGCCGCCAAACUGCUGGUCCAGCUCUGCACCCAGAACCUGAUCUCUGCAGCUACAGGGAUGAAUCUGACCACGGUGGACGACCCCAUCCAGAGGAAGUUCCUCCCCAGCUUCCUGCGGGGCGUGGCCGAGGAGAACAAGCUGGUGACCUCCCCAAACUUCGUGGUGACUCAGGCGCUGGUGGCUCUGCUGGCUGAUAAAGGAGCCAGACUGAGACCCGGAUACGAUAAAGCAGAGCUGGAGAAGAGAGGGUUAAUAUCCUCUCUCUGUGCCCCGCCCCCCGCUGCAGGGCCGCUGGAUCUGGCCAAUGCGCUGGCGGCGUGCUGCCUGUCGUCCCGCCUCUCCUCUCAGCACCGGCAGUGGGCGGCGCAGCAGCUGGUCCGAACACUGGCGGCUCACGACCGAGACAACCAGAACCGCCCGCAGACCUUCACCGACAUGACCGGAGACCUGCGCAAGAGCUCCACCAUCAGACUGGAGGCUCACCAGGGCCGGGUGAUCUCCUGCGGCUGGUGCAGUAAGAAAGGGCUGCUGGCCACCAGUGGGAACGACGGGACGGUUCGAGUUUGGAAUGUAACCAAAAACCAGUACACCCUGCAGCAGACCUGCGUCUUCAACAGAUCGGAUGGUUCCCCCGAGGAGAGUGGGGGUGGGUUAGGGUCUCCGGGUGAGCCGGGACUGGCGCCGGUGGCGUGGAGUAUGAGUGGCAGGUUUCUGGCUGCUGCCAUGGAGAAAGUUAUCAACAUCUGGCAGGUUAACGGUGGUAAGGGAUUAUUGGACCUGCAGCCUCACUGGGUGUCGGCGUUGUCGUGGCCAGAGAACGAGCCGGGCUGUCUGUGGGCCGGAGAACCGCGUGAGGUUCUGCUGGUGGGUCGGAUGGACGGAACUCUGGGUCUUAUUGAGGUUCUAGAUGCUUCAAACAUGCAGAGAACCGAACUUCAGCACUGCUACAGGAAAGACGUGGCUGUGAUGCAGAUUGCGUGGUACAGUGAGGACCGCCCCUUCGCCGUGGGUUACGCUGAUGGGAAGCUUCUGAUUGGUUCUAAGGAGCCGCUGGAGAGCGGGUCUGUGGUGGUGAUUGAUGCUCAUAAGGAGAGCAUCAGUUCUCUGCGCUGGGCUCCGACCGGGAGCAUCCUGAUGAGCUGUGCCAAAGAGGAGACUGUGCGCCUGUGGGCGGGGUCGGGGGCGGGGCCAGGACGGAGCUGGGCGUGUCUUCAGAGCAUCACUCAUCACUCUGUGGUGAACGCUGUGGUCUGGUGCAGUCUACCGGGACAGGGACCAAAAUCACUGAAUAUGCUGUCCACGUGUUGUCAGAAUGGACUGGUGACCGUGUGGACGGUACCUCAAGACCCCUCAGCCUUUUGCCAAUCAUCUGCCAGCACAGAUGCAUGGUGGGAAAUGGAGUCCAAGUCUAAACCCAGGCUGGCACCACGGCAAUAUGAGGAAGCAGUGUGUGUGUUCCAGCUGCGGGGUCACAUGACCCCAGUGCGGACGGUAGCGUUCAGUCCGGAUGGUCUGGCUCUGGUGUCGGGAGGAGUUGGAGGACUCUUAAACAUCUGGUCUCUUCGGGAUGGUUCAGUGCUGCAGACGGUGGUUGCUGGUUCUGGAGCGGUUCUGAACACAGUUUGGAUCCCAGAUGUCGGAGUGGCCGUCUGCUCCAACCGCUCUAAGGACGUUCUGGUGGUGAACUGCUCCUCAGAAUUCAUCACAGCCAAUCACGUGCUGGCAACCUGCCGCACCGCCCUGAAGAAGCAGGGGGUUGUGGGAUUGAACAUGGCGCCGUGCAUGAGGGCCUUCCUGGAGAGACUUCCCAUCAUGCUCCAGGAGCAGUACACCUAUGAGAAGCCACACGUAGUGUGUGGAGAGCAGUUGAUCCACAGUCCGUAUAUGCAGUGCUUGGCGUCGUUGGCAGUGGGGCUUCAGCUGGACACUCUGCUGUGCCGCCCCCCGGUGCCCCCUCACCUGGCACACUGCCCCGUGGAGCCUGGCACCACCUCUUCUUCCUCUUCCUCUUCCUCAUCCUCCUCUUCCUCACACUCGUGGGGCAGCAGCGAGUGGGCGUGGCUGCACUGCUUUUCCACCACGGUGAAGACGGCCGAGGCGCUCGCCCGCGGGCACACCUUCCCAGAAUCCUUCAGUGUGCCCGAUCUGGAGCCCGUGGCCAAGGACAAGAUGGCACUACUGAUGGACAACAGUAAAUGGGUUCCUGGGAUGGAUGAGCAGAUCAUGUCCUGGGCCACUUGCAGACCAGAGGAUUGGCACCUGGGGGGUAAGUGUGAUGUGUACCUGUGGGGCGCUGGUCGGCACGGGCAGCUCGCCGAGGCGGGACGCAACAUCCUGGUACCGACACCCGCCACCUCCUUCUCUCAGGCUCAGCAGGUGGUGUGCGGGCAGAACUGCACGUUUGUGAUCCAGGCGAAUGGGACGGUAUCUGCGUGUGGAGAGGGGAGUUACGGGCGGUUGGGUCAGGGAAACUCAGACGAUCUUCACGUUCUUACAGUAAUCUCAGCUCUGCAAGGGUUUGUGGUGACCCAGCUGGUGACCUCGUGUGGUUCUGAUGGUCACUCGAUGGCGCUGACGGAGAGCGGCGAGGUGUUCAGCUGGGGGGACGGAGAUUACGGUAAACUCGGCCACGGAAACAGCGACCGCCAACGCCGCCCACGCCAGAUAGAAGCACUGCAGGGAGAGGAGGUCGUACAGAUGUCGUGUGGGUUUAAACACUCGGCGGUGGUGACGGCGGACGGAAAGCUCUUCUCCUUUGGUAAUGGAGAUUACGGCAGACUGGGCCUCGGGAACACCUCCAACAAAAAACUACCAGAGAGAGUCACUGCCCUCGAAGGUCAACAAGUUGGACAGGUGGCAUGUGGGCUGAAUCACACUCUGGCGGUUUCGGCUGACGGUUCGACGGUCUGGGCGUUUGGAGACGGAGAUUACGGAAAACUGGGUCUCGGAAAUUCAACCGCCAAAUCCUCACCUCAGAAGGUGGAUGUUCUGUGUGGUUUGGGGAUUAAGAAGGUGGCGUGUGGAACGCAGUUCUCCGUGGCUUUGACCAAAGAUGGAAAUGUUUACUCUUUUGGGCAAGAUCGGCUGAUUGGACUUCCAGAGGGGCGGGCGCGCAAUCACAACCGCCCCCAGCAGAUCCCCGCCCUCACGGGCGUGUUCAUUCUGGACGUGGCGGUGGGGGCGGAGCAUUCCCUCGCUCUCUCGUCCACGGGGGACGUUUACGCCUGGGGGAGCAACUCAGAGGGACAGCUCGGCCUCGGUCACACAAACCACGUGCGAGAGCCCACGCUCCUCACCGCUCUGCAGGGUAAGAACAUCCAGCAGAUCUCUGCAGGACGCUGCCACAGCUCCGCCUGGAGCGCACCAUCUGUACCACCCAGAGCACCAGGCUCGUCGGUGCCGCUGCAGCUGGGUCUGCCAGUCUGUGUGCCCCCUCAGUACAGCAGUCUGAGAGACGUCAGUAUGGAGGCACUGCGCGCCAGACUCCGCCUACUUUAUCACUUCUCUGAUCUCAUGUAUUCCUCAUGGAGACUCCUCAACCUCAGCCCCAACAACCAGAGCUGUACGUCUCAUUAUAAUCCCGGGACGUGGGGUAUAGUUCAGGGGCAGCUCCGCCCCCUGCUGGCCCCGCGGGUGUAUAUGCUGCCGAUGGUGAGGUCGAUCGGUAAAACCAUGGUGCAGGGCAAGAACUACGGCCCUCAGAUCACCGUGAAGAGAAUCUCCACCCGUGGGAGGAAGUGUAAGCCGAUCUUCGUGCAGAUCGCUCGGCAGGUGGUGAAGCUGAACGCGUCGGAUCUCAGGCUGCCGUCUCGAGCCUGGAAGGUGAAGCUGGUGGGGGAGGGGGCGGACGAUGCGGGGGGCGUGUUCGACGAUACCAUCACGGAGAUGUGCCAGGAGCUGGAGACGGGCGUGGUGGAUCUGCUCAUCCCCUCCCCCAACGCCACGGCGGAGGUCGGCUACAACCGAGACCGAUUUCUACUGAACCCAUCAGCUUGUCUGGAGGAACAUUUGCUGCAGUUUAAGUUCCUGGGGAUUCUGAUGGGCGUGGCCAUCCGCACCAAGAAGCCGCUGGACCUGCACCUGGCGCCGCUGGUGUGGAAGCAGCUGUGCUGUAUCCCGCUCACGCUGGAGGACCUGGAGGAGGUGGACCUGCUGUACGUCCAGACCCUCAACAGCAUCCUGCACCUGGAGGACACCAGCAUCACCGAGCAGAACUUCCACGAGAUGAUUCCUCUGGACUCGUUUGUGGGUCAGAGCGCUGACGGGAAAAUGGUACCCAUAAUUCCCGGAGGAAACAGCAUCCCGCUGACCUUCUCCAACAGGAAGGAGUACGUGGAGCGAGCUAUAGAGUACCGACUCCACGAAAUUGACCGUCAGGUGGCGGCGGUGCGUGAGGGCAUGUCCUGGAUCGUGCCGGUUCCUCUCCUGUCACUGCUGACGGCGCGGCAGCUGGAGCAGAUGGUGUGCGGGCUGCCGGAGAUCAGCGUGGAGGUGCUGAAGAAGGUGGUGCGGUACCGGGAGGUGGAGGAGCAGCAGCAGCUGGUGCAGUGGUUCUGGCAGACGCUGGAGGAGUUCUCCAACGAGGAGCGAGUUCUCUUCAUGCGCUUCGUCUCCGGACGCUCGCGCCUCCCCGCCAACACCGCCGACAUCUCCCAACGCUUCCAGAUCAUGAAGGUGGACCGGCCGUACGACAGUCUUCCCACCUCUCAGACCUGUUUCUUCCAGCUCCGCCUCCCGCCCUAUUCCAGCCAAUCGCUGAUGGCGGAGCGUCUGCGCUACGCUAUAAAUAACUGCCGCUCUAUCGACAUGGACAACUACAUGCUGUCCCGCAACGUGGACAACGCCGAGGGCUCGGACACGGAUUACUAACCCCGCCCCCCCCCCCCCCCCCCCCCCGAGCAGCAGGACGUCCGGCGGGCGGGGUCACUUUUAAACUCGCAGUUUUUCAUUUAAACCCAAAAACACCAUUUUAUUUCACUUUUUCUUUGUUUUUUUAUCAGUUUUAAGCAGUGGAGCGAAGGAGGGCCAGAGCAUCAAUUAGAAAAUAUUACAUUUUCUACACUUUUCUCUCUUUAAACUCAUCUGUCUUCAUUUCUUUGGCUCCACCCCUUUUUUUCAGGUUUUUCUGCAUGAACAUUUGUUUAUUUAAUUUGGAGAAAAUGUAUAAAAUGAUUUAUUGAAAAAAAAGGAAACGAUAUUGUACAUUGUGUAAAAUGCGUCAUUUUACUUAAGUGUCCAUAUUUAUUUUGUUUUAAUUUUUGAAUUGCCUACGCCCAGUUUCAUAACGAAACAAAUAAAAGCUUCAAUAUUAAA